AUGCUUGUUGAUGAAUCAGAUAAAGAAGAUGAAGCUGUAGCUGAAGGUGAUACUGAAGGAGAUGACAAGGCAACUGGUGAUGAAGGUGAUAAUGAAGAUAAAAUUUCAUCAAGUUCAUCUGAUGAAGAUAUUGAUGAAACUGAACGUGCAGAAAGAGUUAGAGCUGAGAUUGAAAAAGAGAAACAGCUAAAGAGAAAGAGGAGAGAGGAUAAAGAUGAUGAAUUAUACAAUCCAUCUCCUGAGCAUGUUAUAGAAUCUCAGACACCUCCAUCAUCUGGUGGUAGGAAGAAGGCUAGUGCAAGAAAGCGUGUGGUUUCUCCUAGUGCAGCAAGAAGAAAGUUGAUAGUCAAGCUGCCUAAACGCGCAUCAAAAUCAAAACCACCUACACCACCAAAACAACCAACACCACCACCAUCACCUCCACCACAAACUGAACAACAUUUAUCACCACCACAUCUUUCACCACCACAUCAAUCACCACCAAAAUUACCUACUCCACCGCAUCAAUCACCUACACAUGAACAAACCGUUAUCACUUCGCAACAUAUCUUUCAAACACCACCAUCCACACAACCACCUGUCCAAACGACUCCUGGUUCUUCAGGCUUUAAAGAUUUUCCUCACAUUCCAGUGAAUAUUCCUCUUGAAGACAUUGGAGAUUUCAGCUUUGUGAAAGAUGAGCAAGUAAAGAAGUUGGAAAAGAAAGUAGAGGAAGUGUUGGUUGAGAACAAAAAGUUGGUGGAUCGUGAGAAGAAACUUGAAAAGCGUGUCAAAUCUGUGGAAGCUGAAAAUUCCUCAUUAUUGAAGAAAGUUGAAGCUGAUCAGGUUGAGAUUGAUAUUAUGAAAGUGAAAAUUGCAGAGUUAGAAGAUGAAAAAGCUCGCAGAGAUAAGCAGAACAAGUAUUUCAGGUUAAAGAACAAAGAGUUAGAGGCUGCCAACGCAAAGAAAGAACGUGAGAUAAUGGCUGCAGAGGAGAAGAAAAAGGUUGACGAGAAUGAAAAGCUUAGGAAGAUGCUGCUGAGAAAGCCUAAGCCGAGAGAAGAAAAGUUUAAGUCGCUGUGA